AUGAAUAACGAAGAGUAUUAUAAUGAGAGUAAUGAAGGAGAUUGCGAUGAGAAUAAUGAAUGGUAUUAUGAUGAGAAUAAUGAAGGGUAUUAUGAUGGGAAUAAUGAAGAGUAUUACAAUGAGAAUAAUGAAGGGAAUAACGAAGAGUAUAAUUAUCAUGAUAUAGAGUUAGAAUAUAUAGAUACUGACUUGGAGUUGGCAGAAGAAAAUACCAGUUUGGAAAUAGAGCACAUAGAAGUGGAAUCUAAUAGGUAUCUAGCUAGAACAGAUAGUUCAAAUCUUAGUGAGGUUUCACAGUUAUCUACAAUUCAGUGUAAAAAAAGAGCUGAAAAAUCAGGAGAUAGUCCUGUUAAACCUUUUUAUGAGGUAGUGUUAGUUAAUAAUGUAGAAUAUUGGGCUUGUCGCCACAAAAGCUGUUCACGAACAAAAUACAAAAAAGAUGGCACUACAUCAAAUUUAUGGAGACAUUUGAGAAGCAAACAUCACAUUUCAAGAGCGAUGGUGGAAAGUAAACGGGUAAAAAUAGAAAAAAAGAUGGGAACAAGAACAUUAGUAGAGAUAUUUAGCAAAGCAGCGAAAUAUUCAUUCAAUUAUCCAAAGCAAAAAAAACUCAACAGCAAUCUUGCUGCUUUUAUUGUUGAAGAACUCCAGCCCUUUUCAAUCCUAAAAUCACAAACUUUAAUAAAAAUAAUAGAGGAUCUGGACUCUCAAGCUAGCGUUUUAAGCAAAGAUCAGUUGAAAGAAAUUUUGAUCAAUGCUGAGGAUAGAGUUAUGCAAAGUAUGCGUGAACAUGCACAUGAUGACAAUGAAAUUUGUUACAUCUCAUUUACCACUGAUAUGUGGACUUCUGAUAACGAUGAUCCAUACAUUGGACUUACAUUUCAUUGGGUAAAUGGAGACUUUCAAGUGCGAGAAAUGGUUGGUGAGAUUUCAUACCUCCCAUACCCCCAUACAGCAGAGCGACUUGCAAACAAAAUUAUUGAAAUUUUGAACAAAUUUCAGCUUAUAAGUAAAGUUGUGUAUUGCACGGCUGAUAAUGGUGCGAACAUUAAGUCAUGUUUAAGAAAGUUAAAAGAUAGGUAUAAUAUAUUUAAAAAUUUUUGUUUUGGUCAUACUUUAAAUCUUGUAGUCAAUGAUGCGUUAAAGAGAUGCCCUGAAAUUAUUAAUAUUAUAAAGAAAUGCAAGGAUAUUGUAUCACAUUUCAGUGGAAGCCCGAAACAAAAACAGUUUUUAUUAACAGCUCAGAUAACAAUGGAUGAUUGGGAUAGGUUGCUUUCUGUAGUUCAUGAUGUUUCAACACAACUGACCCAAUUAAUUCGACUUGCUGCCUUUUUUGACCCUCGAACUAAAGACAUGCAAAUUUUUACAGAUGAUGAAAAACGUUACACUAUUUUGGAAGCACAUAUAGAGUAUGAUGAACUGGCCUCAAAUGAUGAAUUUAAAGAGA